AUGGCUCCUAAUUUCUCUGGUAAACAGCGGUCUUUUCGACCUGCUGGAUCCCAAUCGAGAAAUUGGAACAGUGCAGUUACGGCAAAAGCAAAUGAGGAAGUCGUCUUGGAAAAUAUAUGGAAUGAAAUUCAGUCAAAAAAUGAAAUUGACACAAAAAUGGGCUUUGACAAUAUUGAGGCUGGACCUCCUCGUAUUGGUUGGCUUCUUAACGUUCAUCCAACGAGUGUUCCUUCAGAUGAUAAUGCCAACGGGAAAAGUGCCAUUGCACUUUACUUCAUUCAGGAAGACGGUGAGACAUUUCGCGUAACCGUUCCCUAUCGUCCUUAUUUAUAUGUCUCAACGAAAGAGGGGAAAGAGGCAGAAGUGGAAGACUAUCUAAAGAAGGCUUUUCCAAAUCUUAUUAAAGACUGUAAACAUGUGUACAAAGAUGACCUUAAACUUGUUAAUCACCUUGUUGGUUAUCAGAAACUUUUUGUACAACUGUUCUUUGAUAACCAGAUGGAUUUGUUUACCGUUCGCAGACUUGUUUUGAGCGCCAGCAGAACAAACGAAAAUCGCCGAGAGGCUACCAAUACGUAUGCAGACAUUUUCGAAACAAAAGACAACAAGGAUGAAAGCACAAAUGCGGAUGCUCCACUGGACUAUAUCUUGGAUGUCCGGGAAUAUGACGUCCCUUAUCAUUCUCGGUCAUUAAUCGAUUUAAAUGUUCGUGUGGGACAAUGGUUCAAUGUUUCAUUCAAACAUGGAGAGCCAAGUAUCACUUUGGAUGAGUCUAGAAUUGAACGUGCCGAACCCGUCAUCAUGGCUUUUGAUAUUGAGACGACGAAGUCACCAUUAAAGUUUCCUGACAGCACUUUUGACCAAGUCAUGAUGAUUUCUUACAUGAUUGACGGCCAAGGUUUUCUUAUAACAAAUCGGGAAAUUAUCUCGGAGGAUAUUCAGGAUUUUGAAUAUACACCUAAACCAGAGUUCGAAGGUCCCUUUGUUAUCUUUAAUGAAGAGAAUGAAAUGGCUCUUCUUCAACGGUUUUUUCGUCAUAUACGCUCCGCAAAGCCAUCAAUUAUCGUCACGUAUAACGGUGACUUCUUCGAUUGGCCGUUUGUUGAUGCCAGAGCAUCUUGCCAUGGAAUGGAUAUGUUUCAGGAAAUUGGUUUUAGUAAAGAUCAGGAGGAUGAAUAUAAAAGCACAUACUGUGCUCAUAUGGAUGCUUUCCGCUGGGUUAAACGAGACAGUUAUCUUCCCCAAGGAAGUCAAGGUUUGAAAGCGGUGACAGUCGCCAAACUUGGUUAUGAUCCCAUUGAAUUAGACCCCGAAUUGAUGACUAUUUAUGCCUCAGAAAAACCCCAAGUCCUCGCUCAAUAUUCCGUUUCUGAUGCCGUCGCUACAUACUAUUUGUACAUGAAGUACGUUCACCCCUUCAUCUUUUCCCUAUGUAACAUCAUUCCACUGAACCCAGACGAAGUUCUACGUAAAGGAACGGGUACUCUUUGUGAAACACUAUUAACCGUACAAGCUUGUACGCGAAACAUCGUUUUACCUAACAAACAUGUUGAUCCACUUGAAAAGUUUUUCGAUGGACAUCUACUUGCGAGUGAAACUUACGUUGGAGGGCACGUCGAAAGUCUUGAAAGUGGUGUCUUUCGUGCUGAUAUACCCACCGAUUUUCAUCUAGAUCCCAAUGUGUAUCAAGAAUUACUGGAUCAACUUGAUUCCGCCCUCCAUUUUUCUAUUACAAUAGAAAACAAAAAAAACAUGGAAGAUAUUAGCAAUUACGACGAAACUCUGCGCGACUCUCCCACUCGCAAGGAAAAUCCAAGAAUUUACCAUCUGGAUGUUGCUUCCAUGUAUCCUAAUAUUAUGAUCACUAAUCGUUUGCAGCCCGAUUCUAUUAAGGAUGAAUCGUUUUGUGCUUCUUGCGACUUAAAUGUUCCUGGAAAAACCUGCGACAGAAAGAUGAUUUGGGCUUGGAGAGGAGAAUACUAUCCACCAAAAAGAAAUGAAUAUAAUAUGAUUCGGAAUGCACUACAAUCUGAAGUUUUUCCUCCUAAGUUUAAGAACGGUCCUCCUCGUUCGUUUGACGAUCUUAGUCCCCCAGAACAAGCCGAACGUAUACAAAAAAGAUUAUCGGAUUACAGCAAAAAGGUAUAUCACAAGCUUUAUGACAAUACUAUUAUAAACAAGGAGACUGUUAUUUGUCAAAAGGAAAACUCAUUUUACAUUGAUACCGUCAAAAGCUUCAGAGACAGACGUUAUGACUUCAAAGGAUUGCAAAAGAAAUGGGGAAAGAUUCUCGCGGAGCGUCAAAAAGGAGGAACUCUUUCUGGAAUUGAAGAAGCCAAAAAAAUGAUUGUUUUAUAUAACUCACUCCAACUUGCACAUAAGGUUAUUCUUAAUUCGUUCUAUGGUUAUGUGAUGCGAAAAGGUUCACGCUGGUAUUCUAUUGAGAUGGCAGGUAUAACUUGUUUAACGGGUGCUACUAUUAUUCAAAUGGCUCGUCAGAUCGUUGAACGAGCUGGCCGUCCUCUAGAAUUGGAUACUGAUGGUAUUUGGUGUAUUCUGCCUGAAUCAUUUCCUGAAAACUUUACGCUCAAGACUAAGACUGGCGGAAAGUUUACUGUUUCAUAUCCUUGUGUGAUGUUAAAUCAUCUAGUUCAUGAAAAGUUUACUAAUCACCAAUUUUCUGUUUUAAAGAAUGCCGAAACAUUGGAGUAUGAAACGUUCAGUGAAAACAGUAUUUUUUUCGAAGUUGAUGGUCCCUAUAGAGCUAUGGUUCUUCCAGCUUCAAAGGAAGAAGGAAAAAACUUGAAAAAACGUUACGCCGUAUUUAACUUUGACGGCUCUUUGGCAGAAUUGAAGGGUUUUGAAAUUAAAAGACGAGGAGAGCUAAAACUUAUUAAGACAUUUCAGGCUCAAAUCUUUAAAGUGUUUCUUCAGGGAAAGACAUUAGAGGAAUGCUAUGCCGAAGUUGCAAAAGUAGCCGAUAAUUGGUUAGAGGUUCUUUUCAGCAAAGGUUCAUCUGUUGACGAUGACGAGCUUUUUGAUUUAAUUUCGGAAAAUCGAAGCAUGACCAAAACCCUCAAAGAGUACGGUAACCAGAAAUCAACUUCUAUCACUACGGCUCGACGUUGGUUGAAGGAUUUCGGAAGAGACUCUUUUGACAUUCGGUCCAUUCUCGAUUGGGAUUAUUAUUUAGAACGAUUGGGAUCUGUCGUUCAGAAACUUAUCAGCAUUCCAGCCGUGUUACAAAGGAUUGCUAACCCCGUCCCUCGGAUACCCCUGCCUAAUUGGUUGUUUAAACGAGUAGCUGAACAGAAUUCUAAAUUUCAGCAAGUGAAGCUUGAGUCAUUCUUGUCAAAACAAAAGGUUGAAGAUAAAAACAAGCCCGUAAUUAAUGACAUAGAGGAUAUCUUAUCUCCUGCGAAAGCACAUGUUUCUCCUAUUGCCAUAGUUAAGAAAAGAAAAGCCGUUCACUCUGCCACUGAGGCACCUUUGACUUUUAAGGAGACCUUCGUUCCUAUAAAUGAAGACUAUAGACACUGGCUUGUAUACGCAAAAAAGAAAUGGGCAUUCCAAAAGCAAGUUAGAGAUCGAAGACGAACCAUUAUUGGACAUUCGAAUUCUAUUAGUGGUGCGUUUCAAUCUUCGAUGGAGGAAUUAAUUAACAAUACAUGGCAUAUUCUUCAGAUUAGACCAACAGAUGUCCCUGGUCUUCUCCUUGCUUGGAUUGUUGUCAACAAACGGCUCACAUCCGUUAAGUUGAAGGUUCAUCGAAAAUUCUAUGUGAACUUUAAGACUAAUGACUUACCUGAAGUUGAAAUUGAAGGCUGUGUUAUUGAAAAGAGCAACUGCAUUUUGCCCCACGGAAAGCCAACGAAUAAUCUUUUUUCUUUGAUCAUACCAGAGAAAAUCUACCAAAGUGAAUGCGACUGUCUCUCAUUAAUAUUUUCACAUAAUUCAGUUGAGGUGUGUACGAAAGAGGAAUAUCACCUGUCGAACGUGCCGUCCUUGAACUGGGCUACGUGUAGACUUAAUGGCACUGUUUCAGGUGCUUUUGGAGAAGCACUAGAAACAGGUUUCCUCACAUCAAUGCUCAAUCAAAGCGAAGAUGACUAUUUGGCCGAUAUUGACGUCAAAUAUGUUUAUCUUUUCCAUGCAAGUUUUGACAAUAAGAUGAUGGUAGGAUUAUUUUACCCUCAUUUAAGUUCAGCGGAUAUCAUUAUUGUUGACAAACACACUACUGAUCACAGUUUCCCUCCAUUAAAAAAACUGUAUGAAGAGGCUUUACCUUCAUACAAACAAAGUGAAGCACCGAGUUGCAUCAAGUACGGUGAUACUAUAGAAGCAGGUGUUUCUUUUUGCAAUUCCCCCAAACAGAUGUAUAAGAGUUUAACUGAUAAGCUUAGCAAGUUUGUUUCUUCUAAAUUAGGUGUUUGCACCUUAAUUUUGGAAACAUCUGAGGCAUUCAUUCUAAAGAAAAACUUGAAAAUCCUUGACGAUAUUCCGUUCGCCGUGAUUGAGCGACAUGACACCGCCAACAUGUCAUUUUCUUGGAAGUCAACUUAUGCGAAAAUGAUGAUCCGACACUAUCUUGGCAUUGGUCCAUGGAUUACUCACCAACGGCAGUUAGCUGCAUACGCAAGUAUCCCUUUCUGUAACUUUGAAAAAGAUAACAUGCAGUACCUUUUGGACAUUGAAUAUGCACGCCGCUUAACUGAGAAACAAAUUAUUCUCUGGUGGAACAAAAAUCCAUUACCAGAUCUGGGUGGUUUAGAACAUGAUGAUAUUCUUCAUUUAACAAGUCCAAGUGAUAAUUUUGAAUUGAACUACUCCGGAGCAUAUGCCAAUGCUUCUGUUGAUAUUCAUAUCUCUAAUUUGGCCAUGUGCAGUAUCCUUAACUCUGCCAUUGUAAACGAUGCAGAAGGCGUUGAGGAUUUCAGUGCAUUAGAUGACUCAUAUCUUGCUAGUGAUUCUGGAAAUCUGGAAGCAAGGUUCGGAGCUAGUGAGAAUUUUGGUCUUACAUAUUCCCUGCCAAUCUUAAAAGACCUUGUGAAAGAGCUAUGGCUUGAAGCGGGCAAGGGCGAUCUCAUUGCUGACCUCAUUAUUCAGCACCUUGUUCGCUGGGUUCAACAAACAGAUGCCCACAUGUAUGAUCCGGUUCUGGUUACGCAUGUUCGUUUGUUAAUGAGAAAAACAUUUUUGCAGCUUCUGGCAGAGUUUAGAAGAUUCGGUGUGCAUGUGGUUUACGCUAACGCGAAAAGAGUGCUCAUAUCAACUAAAAAGCCUGCUAUUCAAACUGCUGCAUCGUUCGCAAAUUAUGUUCUAAAAACCAUAAAGAGCUUGCCCUUGUUCCACUUUGUCGACUUUACCAUCCGCGAAUACUGGGACUAUUUACUAUGGAUGGAUCCCUUCAAUUACGGUGGAAAAGCAUGCAUCCCAGAAAGUCUUGCCCAAACAAAUUGCGUUCUUCAAACAACCGUUUCUUGGCAUAUCAAAAAACACUUGCCUUCUUCCAUGCAAAAUGAGUUCCAAAAUUGGAUUAUUGAGUUUGUUGAAGAAAUUCACAAACUGAAAAUGGAGAAAAACGAAGAACAAAAACUUAGAGUUCGUGUCCGGAACAACAAUGAAGAUGUUGAGGAGGAAAUACUUGGGGCAGGACUCAUUAAACGAAAAUUUCUCGCACCUUUGGAGCGACAAAUUUCUCAGUUUCAGCAUCAAUACCAAAAGUCGCUCUUAAAUUCGGAUGUUGAUGUUGACUUUUCUAUUCCACAAUUACCAGGCACACAUCUCUCUCCAAAAAACCCAGUGCUGGAAUUUGCCAAAAGCAUAUGUACUGUAUUUAAUCUUGCUGGAAAUCUUUCAUUAGAAGUUCGAGCUUUACAGAAAAGUCUGUACUCCAUCCUCAAUGUUCGCGAUUUCUCAAAAGAUACCGAGUUUAUCUAUCCAAGUAAAAGGCUGCAAUUAGAACAAGUGCCUUGCAAACACUGCGGUAAUAGUCAAGAUUUUGAUCUCUGCCUCAACGAGGAGCUUUGGCCGGAGCGAACAGAGUCUGGUCAACUUCAGUUUUCAACCGGUUGGCACUGUACCAUCUGUAACCUUGAAUACGAUAGAUGGGCAUUUGAAGAAAUGUUAGUCGAGGUGUUACAAAAGCAACUACUGAAGUUCCAAGUCCAAGACUUCCACUGUGCGAAGUGCGGAAACAUUCGCACAUCGCCUUUCAAAAGUCUGUGCUCAUGUUCGGGAGCAUGGAAGAUGAGCUAUCCCCAAGAGAAGUUUCUUGACCUACUGUCUGUGUAUAGAAAUAUUGCCGAGUACUACGAGUUUACCAUGCUAAAAGCGAUGGUUAGUACGAUUGACCAAUCCAUCUCAUAG